CCCCUGUGAACCUCCUGCUGUGAACUGAAAGGAGUCUUCACCUUGACAGGGGUCGCCACAAAGAAACGGCAAGAUGUCUGAAAAAAAGAUGACAUCCAGUCGUAGAAACCAUUUGAAGAGCUUGUUGCUCCAGAUUGCUCAUGGACUUUUAGAGGAAGAGGCGACUGAGAUCGACCAGGAAAGAGAGAGAUACAUGGAGGAGAACUGCCCUGCACUUUCACUGCCUGGAAGCAUGCAAGAACUACAGGAACUGUGUAAGAAGAUGCACCAUCUGAUUGAUGUCGUUGAUGAACAAAGAUACGAUAUGGAGAGCAAAGUGGUCAAAUCUAACAAGGAGAUUGAGGAUCUGAAGAUCAAGGUUCAGGACCUGAAAGGUAAAUUCAAGAAGCCUGUUUUGAAGAAAGUGCGCAUGUCCGCUGAUGCCAUGCUGCAGGCGCUGCUGGGCUCUAAGCACAAAGUGUCCCUGGACCUGAGAGCCAACCUGAAACAAGUCAAGAAAGAGGUCAAGGAAGAGGAGAAGGAGGCGGUGGGAGAUUGGCGUAAGAACAUUGAGGAUAAGGCUGGUAUGGAUGGCAGGAAGAAGAUGUUUGAGUCCGAGGCCUAAAGCAUUUCUUUCCUCAACUAUUUUAAAUUUCUGUUUAGUGAUGUAUACAGUUAGAUUGUCUUGAUGCUUGUAGUCUUCAGAGUUUUGAUAGGUAUAAGUUGAAUACAAAAGGUUUGUAUCAGGGGGGUUUGAUGUAAGGGUUGAAAAGGGUUAAAAGUUACAGAGUAUUAUUGUAAAAAAUAUAUUUCACUAAUAAACACCCAUGUGAAUCAAA